GUGUUCGUCGCCCGUCGUUCGUCGCUCGCUCGCAAGCAGGCGCAGAGCAGCAGUGCUGAGCUGAGAGACAGAGCAGCUAGUACUGUAGUGUAGUGGGGGAACGAACGGAAGAACCACACACUGUCCGUGUUCGUCAGUGCGUGCGUUCGUGCGUGUCUCACAGUGUCUUUCUUCAAAAAUGGUCUAAGGACGGGACGUUCAAAUUUGCCGGAUCGAAAGUGAUUAGGAGAAGAGAAGAGGUGUCGACAGACAGAAGAAAUAGUUGAACGGUGAAACGGCUACCUAACUGUGUGCGCGUUCCGUCCGACGUUGAUGCAGCGGAAAAAAGAAAUCGAAGAAAAGUCGAAGUCGGUGUACUCGACGCGCAGCCCCCAAGAAGCAAGCCGCCCGGAGCUGAUCCGAAUCUAGUCAAUCGUACAACGACCUAGCUAAGCAAUGCCAAACUAACCAGAACCAAAAGUGUGAUAUUUGCAAAAUGACCAUGACAUUGAAUGUUUUAUCGUAAGCGUAAGAAUAAAGAAAAGAAGCAAGAAUACCGAGAAGACUAGAGCAAUUGUAAACCUGUCGACCUAAAGCAGAAUCUCAACCAUAACCUAACUUAGAGAGAAUUAGCCCAGAAACCAAUCCCUUCCAAAUACUCUUCUGUUCAAAUGCUGACCUCGGCUGGAUCUCGAAUGUGGACCCGUUACCGACUGCAGCAGCUUCCGGAUCAGCAGAAACCUUCAAUAGCUACUAUACCCAGCAACUAGCCGGCCACCAGACAAGGCCAGGCCAGGCCAACAUUCGCUUCCUCGCAAGUUCGACCCUGGCCGCUACCCCCGGCGCCAAGUUCCCUAGCACAGUAGUCGGUAGGCCGCGUCCAAAACCGUCGUAUCGGAGUAGCAUCGGUGGUAGUUGAGCACUGGGUAGGAUCCCGAUUCGGUUCGGGUGAAUCCUAAGACUCAACUGUCGCCAAGAAAAGAGAAAGAGAGAGAAAAAACAUCGAACGGCCCAGAGAGCAGCAAUCCAGGACAAUACUCUACGGUAACUCUUUUUUUCGCGGCUAAACGGACAAAGUGAACGGCCCCAAAAUUACGGACCAGAACAUGGAAGACUUGCUUCAGGCUGGCCACGUGGUCAAAGAGCGGUGGAAGGUCCUGAAAAAGAUCGGCGGCGGCGGUUUCGGCGAGAUCUACGAAGGCCAGGAUCUGAUCACGCGGGAACAGGUCGCCCUGAAGGUGGAAUCCGCGCGCCAGCCGAAGCAAGUCCUUAAGAUGGAGGUGGCCGUCCUGAAGAAGCUGCAGGGUAAAGAGCACAUCUGCCGCUUCAUCGGGUGCGGCCGGAACGACCGGUUCAACUACGUGGUGAUGCAGCUGCAGGGCAAAAACCUGGCCGAACUGCGGCGCUCGCAGGCCCGCGGGGCGUUCUCGCUGAGCACCACGCUCCGGAUCGGGCUGCAGAUACUCAGAUCGAUCGAGUCCAUUCACUCGGUUGGGUUUCUUCAUCGUGAUAUUAAGCCAAGCAACUUCGCCAUUGGAAGGUUACCGUGCAAUAAUCGUAAAAUUUACAUGUUGGAUUUUGGUUUGGCCAGGCAGUACACCACCGGUACCGGUGAGGUGCGAUGUCCCCGGGCAGCGGCCGGCUUCCGCGGCACUGUUAGGUAUGCUUCGCUGAAUGCGCACAAAAAUCGAGAAAUGGGUCGGCAGGACGAUCUGUGGUCGUUGUUCUAUAUGCUUGUUGAGUUUGUUACAGGCCAGCUUCCGUGGCGUAAAAUUAAGGAUAAGGAACAAGUGGGUUUGUUAAAGGAGAAAUACGAUCAUCGUUUGCUACUCAAGCACUUGCCUUCAGAUUUCAAGUACUUCUUAGAUCACAUCCAAUCGCUUAACUACGCCGACAAGCCGGACUACGCUAUGCUAGUAACCCUGUUCGAGCGCUGCAUGAAGCGACGCGGUGUGAAGGAAACCGAUCCGUUCGAUUGGGAAAAGACAGAGGAGAACAAUGCCGACCAUGCCGGCGGAGAAGCCAAAGUAGUAAACGCAGCCGUACCAAAGAGUGAACUAAUUAAGAAACACAAGGAUAUCGAACUGACGGAGAAACGCAAAGUGAUUCCAGACUCUGUCAAGGUGAUGCACACGGAGCCGAUCGAAUCGAUCAAGCCCCAGAACGCCAACAAUGUGAACGCAAACGCAAAGCUUCCGAAUCCGGCCGGUGGAGGAACGGGAACCGGUCAGCAGAAUGCAAAUAAUAACAACAACAACGUCCAGAACGAGAAGUACGGCGUGGAUCCGUUGGAUCCACGGCUACGGCAGGCGUUCAAGGACGCCCUGAUUGCGAGCCAGGAAGGCACUAAGGUGAAGCCGGAGAUUCCACUGGUCCGGGCCCACACUGACGUGAACAAGGUGUCGAAACACGGAGGUAGCCGGUUACGGAUCCUAACGGCACCACCAGUCAACAUAAAAGACUUUGCGUCCUCGAUCGACAGUCUACAGCAGCAGCACUCGCAGGCCAACGAAAUCACCAAUUUCUCGGAGGCGAAAUCGAAGCUGAAGACCGAAGCGGACGAGGUUAGCUGUACCCCAGGUGAUGGGCAGCUAACGGGUGGGAUCGGGGCGACCAACGGUCAGCAGAGUACCACAGACGGGGGUCAACCGAACUCCCUAACCCAGCGGCAGUCGUUGCACUUGGGCGGCAAAAGCCUACGGUCUUUCGCCACCCAGUCGGCCAAGUACCGGAGCUUGGCGGACGACAAGAGCUGUCGGGACUUUUCCAUCACCCAGCAUGCCAUAAUCGAUGACGAGAACGCUAGUCAGCACCAGACGCCCAAGUAUCAGGGAGCUUUGACACUGGCCUCGCAGUGGAAGAGCCAGUUUGAUGAUUCGGACGAUUCGACCGAUGGACUGUGGAAGGGCGAGCAACAUUCCGAAAACGCAUCAAAGAAGAAUGCCCAGCAGCUGGAGCAGAAGUCACAGGCGCAAUCGCUGCAUCAACCGCAGCCAGCGAUUGCAGCUGCCGAUCAGUUGCCACUGCAGCAGAAGCAGCAGCAACACAAGCAAAACAACAACACAUCGACGAGUGCUAUUGUUAAUAAUGGAACUACUAAUAUUGCUACUACUACCACUACAACUACCACAACUACAAACAACCCAGCCGCAAUCGCAGCCGCAGAAGCAGCAGACCUUGCAAAUAAUCUCAAUUCUUAAUUUAUUGGUAAACAAAGAAAACUAUGAAAUACAAAGAGGUAAAAGCGUAUAAAGCAGUAUAGGAAA